AAAUACGAACAAACCAUUUCGGACGCAAUUUACACAGUAUCAAAGCAAGCUAGGGGUUAAGAUUCCCAAGUCAAUUGUGGCGAACAGAUCGACUGAGAGAUCAAGCAGGAGCAUAUGCUGUGUGAAUUGGCGUUUCUAAAACAUCAUCUUUGUCUCCAAGGGUGCUGACUGGGGAAGCAUUCAUCUUUGUAUUUCCCAGCAGUUUGAACUUUAGUUCUUACUGAGCUGGAGGUUGAUAUCCAAUGUCGAGAUUUAUUGUUGGUGGAAAAGUUGUAGACUCUGUUGACUUGUUAAGGAAGAGACAUCUGAUAUGGUGUUUGGAUGUUUUGCCCUUUUCUAUUCUCUAUGUUACAUGGCUGAUCACUGCAGUUCCUGCUCUGGACUUUCUAGAUGCUGCAAUAGUUCUUGGUGGCUUGAUUGUUAUCCACAUUCUCGUGGUUCUUUUCACAGUUUGGUCUGUUGACUUCAUGUGUCUUGCUCAUUAUUCUAAGGUUAAUGAUAUUCACCGUGCAGAUUCAUGCAAAAUUACUCCAGCAAAGUUUUGUGGUUCAAAGGAGAUUGUGCCACUUCAUUCAAGGAAAAUUGUAGCAGGUUCUACAUCUUCAGUAGAUAUCGAAGAGAUAUAUUUUGAUUUUAGAAAACAACAGUACAUCUACUCACAGGAGAAGGAUAUGUUUGGCAAGCUUCCUUAUCCUAACAAAGAAUCAUUUGGCUUUUACCUGAAAAAUACUGGCCAUGGCUCUGAAGCCAAAGUUCUUGCUGCUACUGAAAAGUGGGGAAGGAAUAUCUUUGAAUAUCCUCAACCAACUUUUCGGAAAUUAAUGAAGGAGCAGUGCAUGGAACCCUUUUUCGUAUUUCAGGUCUUUUGUGUGGGUCUUUGGUGCAUGGACGAAUUCUGGUAUUACAGUUUGUUCACUCUGUUUAUGCUGUUCAUGUUUGAGUCCACAAUGGCAAAAAGUCGUUUGAAAACACUGACAGAGCUUAGACGCGUGAGAGUGGAUAACCAGACUCUGAUGGUGCAUCGUUGUGGCAAGUGGGUUAAACUCACUGGAACAGAUCUUGUGCCUGGUGAUGUUGUUUCCAUUGGUCGCUCUAGUGGGCUUGAUGGAGAAGACAAGUCUGUUCCUGCUGACAUGCUUAUUUUAGCUGGAAGUACGAUUGUAAAUGAAGCCAUCUUGACUGGCGAGUCUACUCCUCAAUGGAAGGUUUCAAUACUUGGAAGGGGCUUGGAGGAAAAACUAUCAGCCAGGCGAGACAAAAGUCAUGUUCUUUUUGGUGGAACAAAGAUAUUGCAGCAUACACCAGAUAAGACCUUUCCUCUUAGAACCCCAGAUGGUGGCUGUUUGGCAGUGGUUCUACGAACAGGUUUUGAGACUAGUCAAGGAAAGCUAAUGAGGACUAUUUUAUUUUCCACUGAGAGGGUUACUGCUAAUAGCUGGGAAAGUGGGCUUUUCAUUUUAUUCUUGGUAGUAUUUGCCAUAAUAGCUGCUGGCUACGUGCUCAAAAAGGGGUUAGAGGAUCCAACAAGGAGCAAGUACAAGCUUAUCUUGAGUUGUUCACUUAUAAUCACUUCAGUCAUCCCUCCGGAGCUGCCAAUGGAGUUGUCAAUAGCAGUUAACACAUCUUUAAUUGCACUUGCUCGAAGAGGGAUAUUCUGUACUGAGCCAUUUCGGAUUCCUUUUGCUGGGAAGGUCGAUAUAUGUUGUUUUGACAAGACUGGAACGCUUACUUCAGAUGACAUGGAGUUCUCUGGAGUUGCUGGGACAACUGAUGAUGUGGAUCUAGAGACUGAUAUGGCUAAAGUUCCCUUACGUGCUUUGGAAAUUCUUGCUUCAUGUCAUGCUUUGGUUUUCGUGGAUAACAAGCUGGUUGGAGAUCCUCUUGAAAAGGCAGCUUUGAAGGGUAUUCAUUGGGCAUAUAAGUCCGAUGAGAAGGCUAUGCCAAAGAAGGGAGAUGGUGACACAGUUCAGAUUAUGCAGAGGCACCACUUUGCUUCUCAUUUGAAAAGAAUGGCAGUAGUAGCUCGUAUUCAAGAGCAGUUUUUUGCAUUUGUGAAGGGUGCUCCAGAAACAAUUCAAGAUAGACUUGUUGAUCUCCCUCCCUCAUAUGUUGAGACCUAUAAGAAAUACACUCGCCAAGGUUCCCGUGUUUUGGCCCUUGCUUUUAAGCCCAUUCCUGACAUGACAGUUAGUGAAGCUAGAAGUUUGGAUAGAGAUGUUAUAGAAAGUGGGCUAACUUUUGCUGGAUUUGCGGUGUUCAACUGUCCUAUACGAGAAGAUUCAGCCAGAAUUUUAUCUGAAUUGAAAGCCUCAUCCCAUGAUUUGGUGAUGAUCACUGGUGAUCAAGCUUUGACAGCUUGUCAUGUUGCUAGCCAAGUGCACAUUGUGUCAAAACCAGCAUUGAUUCUUACCCCAGCAAGAGGUGGUGGAUCUUUUGAUUGGGUUUCACCUGACGAGACUGAGAUCAUUAGCUACAGUGAUAAAGAGGUCGAAGCGUUGGCGGAGUCCCAUGACCUCUGCAUCGGAGGGGACUCAUUUGAAAUGUUGCAGCGAACUUCUGCAGUCCUGAAAGUCAUUCCUUUUGUUAAGGUUUUUGCUAGGGUUGCUCCUGAGCAGAAGGAACUAAUUAUGACCACGUUUAAAACAGUGGGAAGGAUAACCUUGAUGUGUGGUGAUGGGACCAAUGAUGUUGGAGCUCUUAAACAGGCACACGUCGGAGUUGCCCUGUUGAAUGCGAUACCUCCUGCCAAAACCCCAGACUCAUCAUCAGAAAAAUCAACCAAACAAGGUCCCAAAACUUCAAAGCUAAAGAAACCAAGAUCGGUGACAGAGAAUGGCGAAGGAUCUUCAAAGAGUAAAGCCCUUGCAAAAUCAGCCCCAUCCAUUCAAUCACGCCAUUUAACCCCCGCGGAAUUGCAGAAACAGAAAUUGAAAAAGCUAAUGGACGAGAUGAAUGAGGAUGGAGACAACGGGCGAUCAGCCCCCGUCGUUAAACUCGGCGACGCUUCAAUGGCAUCUCCUUUUACAGCCAAACACGCUUCCGUGGCCCCCACCACUGAUGUCAUUCGUCAAGGCCGAAGUACGCUUGUAACCACCCUCCAAAUGUUCAAAAUAUUAGGGCUCAACUGUUUGGCAACCGCGUACGUGUUAAGUGUCAUGUAUCUGGACGGAGUCAAACUAGGCGACUUUCAAGCCACGAUAAGCGGAAUCUUCACCGCCGCCUUCUUUCUGUUCAUUUCACAUGCGAAGCCUCUGCCCACUCUAUCGGUGGAAAGACCACAUCCGAAUAUAUUCUGUUUCUACGUUCUACUAUCGCUAAUGGGUCAGUUCGUUAUCCAUUUGUUCUUCCUAAUAUCUUCCGUUAAUGAGGCGGGAAAGUACAUGCCUGAUGAAUGUAUUGAGCCUGAUUCGAGCUUUCAUCCGAAUAUGGUGAAUACGGUUUCGUAUAUGGUGAGUAUGAUGAUACAGGUUGCGACAUUUGCUGUGAACUACAUGGGGCAUCCUUUUAACCAGAGUAUAUCAGAGAAUAAGCCUUUUCGUUAUGCUUUGUUGGCGGCGGUUGGGUUCUUUGUAGUGGUUGCGUCUGAUUUGUUUAGGGAUUUGAAUGAUUGGUUGAGGUUGGUUCCCAUGCCGGUUGGGCUGAGGAAUAAGAUAUUGGUUUGGGCGUUUUUGAUGUUUUUCGGUUGUUAUGGUUGGGAGAGGUUGUUGAGAUGGGCUUUUCCUGGGAAGGUUCCUGCUUGGAAGAAAAGGCAGAGGAAUGUGGCUGCUAACAUGGAUAAGAAGAAAAAGUUGUGAAAGAAGAAGUUAUUUUACAUACAACAACAACAGUACACAUUACAAGGGUUCUUUAUAGACUGACUUCUUUUUAGUUGGGUUUAAUUUAUUGUUAGGUUUUGAGGAUUCAUUCUAUUGCAUUAUUAUUAUUAUUAUUACUAUUACUAUUGACUUUGGGUAGUAGUAGGUAAUAGGGGGUGUUAUCUUUCUUUUCUUUUCCUUUCUUAUUUGGUGAAUUUGCUUACAUAUCUCUCUUUCCCCCUUAUGGAUAUCUACUAUUAGUAACUAUAUUAGCUCAAUUGUAUG